CUUGUAAUUGUUUAUUCGUUGAAAAUUCUGUUUUUUGUUCGUUGAUUAUUUAAAAAUUUAAGCCUAAAACGUUAAACUAUAUUAGGUAAAAAAGAUGUAUCUAUCUUCUGUCAGUUCUCGGUUGUUGUUAUAUGAUACAAACAAUUGGGAAUUGAAAUAUUGUCACGGAAAAUCUAACGGAAUUAUACGAGAUGUGUCUUGGAGCGACGAUAGUAAAUAUAUCCUAUUGGUCAACCCAAAAGGAACUGCUGAAAUUUUAAGUCCUGCAUCCCAUAACUUGGUGUUACAGCAUAUCCCAAUAGAUGAUUCAUGUGCAGCAUGUUUCCAAAGAGAUGGCCAUCGUAAUAUAGCAAUAGGAACUAUAAAAGGUGAAGUGAUCAUUUGGGAUGCUAAAAACAAAGAAAAAACUAAAAUAUUUCCCACAUUGCCGUCCUAUGCUGCAGUAGACUUUUUAAGUUUUAAUGCUAAAAAUACAAAUUUAGCUUCUAGUAUGCAAAAUGGAGACACUGUGAUUUAUGGGCUUGUGUCCAAUAUACCUGUUUCAACUGUUAAACUUAAUUGUUCCAAGAGCAUAUCGGCAAUGAAGUUUCAUCAUGAAGCAAGGUCACUUUUAGGUCUAGCAACUGAUGAGGGGCAUGUUAUACUAAAGGAUGUUAGUGCUAAUAAGGACAAAGUCACUUUUGAGAACAGUCAUGCAUCUCCAGUUUCCGAUUUUGUAUAUUCCCUUAUCAAUAGGGAUGUUAUGUUAUCUUGUGGUCUUGACAAAAAUUUGCAAGUUUAUGAUAUCAAACAGAGAAAUGUUGUAUCAACUUUGAAAACACCACAUGCCUUAACAUCAUUGGCAAUAAAUGCAGAAAAUCAAGUUGCACUUGGAACUCAAAAGGGCUAUGUUUUGCUGUAUGAUUUAAGAGACCUAACUACACCAUUAAAAAUCUUAAAAGGCCAUAACAAUAUAGUAAAAAAAGUAGCAUUUCAACCACCAAGAAAAAAAUUUAUGUCUCCAGAAUUAAGUUUGGUUGAUAAAUUGGAUACAAAUAGUUCCAAUAUUGAAUCACCAAUUCAAAACAAUUCAUUUGAUAUACUUUUUACAUGUAACACACCACCAAAUCGCCCAGAGCCACCUGCAAGAGAUGUGGAAGAUUCAUUUCUUUUUAAAAUGGGCAUGGAAGACAAAUCAAAUGAAGAAUUAGAACUAAAUCAAAAUAGAUCAUUAGAAACUUAUAGAAAAAGUGAUUGUAAUGAAUUCAGGUUGCACCAGUUGGAUAUUGAAAAAAGUGCUAUAGGUAAAUCCUCUACACCAAUUAUAAAUAAAACUGCAGAUAACAUUUUGCAAAACCCCACAACACAUAAUGAUAUAAUUGAAGAAAGAGCUUCUAACUCCAACAUUUUACCAAUAAAAUGCGAUAACACUGUUCAAAAUAUUGGUAUUGACAAUAAAACUAUUGAAGAGCUAAAAGAUUUCUUCAAAUUAAGUCUUUCAUAUGUUGCAGAUGACAAUAAAAAUUAUUUUCUCCAAAUUAUGAUGGCAUUGACUAAACAAAAGCUUUAUUUAGAAAAGCAGCUAUCUCAAAUGAGCAACCAUAUAUUAAGGAUAGAGGAAAAUCAAAAUGAAUUGGUAGAAAUAAAUAGAAAGCUAGCAUUAGAAAUUGAUCAAUUGAAAUCUAGGCACAUCUCUUUUUAAUUUUGCUCUCUAAUUGAUGUAAUCCCACUUGUAAACUCUCAAUAUUAUUACUAGUUUACUAGAGGAAUCACUCGGAUAUCAAAUUACAACUGUCUAAUAUCAGUGAGGUAGAUUAUAAGUUAAGUGCUACUAUAAACUUACACUACUAAACUUGAAGAAACAUGAUAUUAUUAUGUUAAACUGCUAUUGAAAAAUUUGAGGUAUUAUAACUAGGGAUAAUGAAAAAUUACAGCUUAGCUUAGCUUUAUUGUGUUUUCUUAAUAUACAAUUUCAAACAUACCUAUCUGUAGAGAUGUGAAACAGCAUGUAUUUAAAUCAUUAGGCAAUAUUUUGCAUUAUUUCAUAUCAAAGAAAUGUUGUAUAAAAUAUUAUUAACUUUAUCAUACUAUGGUUAGCAAGCCCAUAAAUAUUUUGUAUGAUGAUUAGUAUAGUUUUAAGUAAAGACUUAAACAAGACUUUUUAUGGGUACCUAUGAAAAAAUGAUUUAAAAACUAGAAAUGAUGUUAUUUAGUCCUUUUCAUCAAUUUACUAGCUUUAACAACAUUAGUAUACAUUAAAUAAUACAUUUAUAAUAAUAUUAUAUUUGACUUAUAUUUUAUUCCGUGCCAAUUUUAUCUCAGAAUUGUAACAUAUUUUGUAAGACUAAUUAUUAGCAAAUUAAAAUUGUUAUUAACCAGAAUCAUUGUUGAUUCAUUUGCAGCCAUGAAGAUCCUAGAUAAAAUUAAAUGCAUUAACAUUUCUUA